AAGAUUUUAACGAAAAGGAGAGCCUCGAAAUUUCAGCAGAUUGGCGGCUGCGACAAUUGCCACCUCGCUAAUCUCUCACGCUCUCUAUUUGCACAUUCCCGCUGCCCCAUCUCUCCGAUAUUUGUAUCCUUCACAAACUUCCUGACUGUUCAGAAUCCAAUAUGUUAAAACACCACAAAACCUCACCUCGUAUGGCCUCACAUGCCCUUUUUUCUCUUCGGGGUUCUCACCAAUCCUUCAAUUUAUCAUCGGAGCCUCAUCCUUCUUCACCUCUUCCAAUUUCAUCCACCACUAACCCCUUUCCUGAAUUAGUCUCUAAAAUCUCUACCAUUCUCUCCAGUCCCAAAUGGGAACACAGUUCGGAGCUUUGCCACUUAAGUCCCAAACUCAAACCCCAUCACGUUGUGAAUAUCCUCCAAACGCACAAGAAUACGGAUUCAGUCUUGCGCUUCUUUUUCUGGAUUUCAAGGAGGAAAUUUUUCAAACAUGAUAUGAGCUGCUUUGUUUCGAUGCUGAAUAGAUUAGUCCGGGAUCGUCUUUUUGCGCCUGCUGAUCAUGUAAGAAUUCUAAUGAUUAAAUCCUGUAGGAAUGAAGGAGAGGUUAAGAGAGUCACUCAGUUUUUGAGUGAGAUUAAUUCCAAAUAUGAUUUUGGGUAUACUUUGUGUAGUUUUACUACUCUCUUGAUUCAGUUGGGGAAGUUUGAUAUGGUCGAUUUAGCUCGAGAUAUGUAUAUCAAGAUGCUUAACAGUGGGAUUAGGCCUAGUUUAUUGACAUUUAAUACAAUGAUAAAUAUUUUAUGCAAGAAGGGAAGGGUGCAAGAAGCAAAGUUGAUUAUGAGUCAUAUUUUUCGUUAUGAUGCCUAUCCAAAUGCUUUUACAUACACAUCUUUGAUUCUUGGGCAUUGUAGAAAUCAUAAUUUAGAUUUGGCUUUUGCGAUGUUUGACCGAAUGGUGAAAGACGGGUGUGAUCCAAAUUCAGUAACUUAUUCAACCCUUAUCAAUGGACUAUGUAGUGAAGGGAGGUUAGAAGAAGCAAUGGAUAUGCUCGAGGAAAUGGUUCAGAAAGGGAUUGAACCAACAGUAUACACAUACACCAUUCCACUAGUUUCAUUAUGUGAUGCUGGUUGUUCUAGCGAGGCAGUAGAGCUUCUAGGAAAGAUGAAAAAGAGAGGCUGUGUUCCAAACAUUCAAACAUUUACAGCAUUAAUUAGUGGUUUAUCACGAGAUGGGAAAUUUGAGAUUGCAAUUGGUCUAUAUCACAAGAUGUUGGCUGAUGGAUUGGUUCCAACAACUGUCACAUAUAAUGCCUUGAUUAAUCAAUUGUGUGUGGAGGGAAGAUUUGAAACUGCUUUUACCAUCUUCAAAUGGAUGUUGAGUCAUGGCAGCUUGCCAAGUACACAAACAUAUAAUGAGAUAAUUAAAUGUUUUUGCUUAAUGGGAGACAUUCAGAAGGCAAUGGUGAUUUUUGACAAAAUGCUCAAAGCUGGUUCUUCCCCAAAUGUAAUAACUUAUAAUACACUUAUUUACGGAUAUUGCAAGCAGGGAAACCUGAAUAAUGCAAUGAGAUUGUUAGAAAUAAUGAAGGGAAAUGGCUUGAAGCCAGAUGCUUGGACUUAUACUGAACUUAUUUCAGGGUUUUCUAGAGGGGGAAAAUUGGAACAUGCGACUUCUCUUUUCUAUGGAAUGAUGGAACAUGGGAUUUCUCCAAAUCAUGUUACAUAUACAGCUAUAAUUGAUGGAUAUUUCAAUUUGGCAAAAGUGGAUGAUGCUUUGGCAUUAUUUUGGAAGAUGGUGGAAAGUGGAAAUCUUCCAAGUAGUCAAACCUACAAUGUGAUGAUAAGUGGUUUCUCUAAAACUAAUUCCAUUUCUGAAGCAGAGAAUUUCUGUGGUAAAAUGGUGAAGCAAGGCUUGCUUCCAAAUGUCAUUACCUACACAUCGUUUAUUGAUGGGUUGUGUAGGAAUGGGAGGACAGGUCUUGCAUUCAAGAUUUUUCAUGAAAUGGAGAAAAGAAAUUAUUUUCCGAAUUUAUAUACUUAUAGUUCCCUAAUUUAUGGUUUAUGCCAAGAGGGUCGGGCUGAGGAUGCAGAAAGUUUACUUGAUGAAAUGGAGAAAAAAGGAAUAACCCCUGAUGAGACAACUUUCACUUCUCUUAUGGAUGGUUUUGUUGCACUUGGCAGAAUUGAUCGUGCAUUUCUCCUUUGUCGGCGAAUGAUUAAUGUUGGCUGCAGACCCAAUUAUCGGACCUUUGGUGUAUUGCUGAAGGGAUUGCAGAAGGAAAAUCAUUCGCUUAUGGAAAAAGUUGUACCCCAGAAUGAAGUCACGCAUACUUGUAGUUCUGAUGAGAACUGUAUUAGCACAGAUAUAGUGUACAAUCUCCUGGCUAGAUUGACUCACUAUGGAUGCGAGCCUAAUGUUGAUACUUAUACCACUUUAGUGAAAGGCUUGUGUGGUGAGGGCAGAUGCUACGAGGCUGAUCAACUGGUCGUGAGCAUGCAAAAGAAAGGUUUGCAACCUAGUGAAGAAAUUUAUCGUGCUCUAUUGAUUGGCGAAUGUAAGAACUUGAAAGUGGAAUCUGCUCUUAAUAUUUUUUACUCUAUGGAUACAUUAGGUUUUCAGCUUCACCUAUCAGAUUAUAAGGCUCUUAUAUGUGCGCUUUGCAAAGAAAAUUUCAUAGAAGAAGCUCAAUGUAUAUUUCAAACUAUGCUCGAGAAGCAUUGGAAUAGUGAUGAGGUUGCUUGGACAGUGUUACUUGAUGGAUUACUCAAGGAGGGGGAAACCGAUCUAUGUUUGAAGCUUCUUCAUGUCAUGGAAUCUAGAAAUUGCACUCUCAAUUUCCAGACAUAUGUUAUGUUGGCCAGAGAACUAUCUGCACUAGAUUGUGCAAUUAAAAUUCCUCAAAUCUCUCAACAGUUGGGAAUUGUGAAAGAUUAACAGAUGCAGUUCUUUAAACAAGAAAAAUGUUCUCAAGCUUCUAAUAUAACAGUGGACCGUGGUCUAAUAGGACCCAAUAUGCCAAUGAAUUUACCGGAUCCAACUUGAAUGCUGUUAUUUAUUAACGUGAAGCAAACCGUUGAUUUUCUUAGAGAUGAUAUUGCUCUAUAAGAAGCUUCUAAAGGUAGAGUUGGUUUCUUCAAUUGUUGUUUAAUUGGCAAGCUAUUAACCAUGAUUCGUACAAAGCUUCUUUUGAUCAUAGAUGCAUUUUGACCAAUUCAUCUUGUGAUUUGAUGAAACUCUUUUACGGUCUUCCAAGAGGGGUCUUAAUGGUAAUAGUAAGGGUUUUGGAUGUUUGUGGGAAGUUCCCAAAGCCUCAAGGUAAAAAGGAGGCUUGAUACUGGAUUCAAGCCUCUGGGUAGAAAGAAAACUUAAUGGAUGAAAUUCUUUUGGAUGUGUUUUAGAGCUAGUGUUGUUGGUGCACUGUCUUCCCAUGGAGUGGGUCUUGAUGCCAUAGGUUUGUUUUUUUUUUUUUUUGAUAACAUAUUCUUUCUAGCAUUGAGAUUCCAAGAAUCUCUAUGUGCUCAAUUUUAAGGACUUCUUAUAAUUCCAUUGAGGAUAGAUUUUGAGUUUAGUGUAAAGUUCAAUAGUGGAUAGUUGUGUUCUUUAUAAAGGGUAACUCAUUGAAACGCCCCACGUUUGAAAAUUAAACUAAUUUUGGAAUAAAUUUUGCCUUUUUGUCUCUUAUUUCUAAUUUAAAAUUUUGAAAACAGGUUCGAUUUAGUAAAUGUUCAAACUGAUAUUGAUCAUCAAUGAGUAAAUAUCGGUCGGUCGGUUUACCACUAAGAAAUAUUUUUUUCAAAUUUCUCAAUUUGGAACUUUUUCAAACCAACUUCAAUUUGGUUAGUUGGUUCAGUUUUUCAAUCUAUUAUGCUCACUCCUGGUUAAAGGUAUUACUAACCAAAUCCUUCCAUGGAGCAAGUCUCUUCCAUGUUACUAAUAAGAGUCGUGAUCAGCUACAGGAUUAUUAGCCAAAUGCAUGAUGUCAGUUUGUUUUGUCUAAGAGUUAAAUUAUUUCUUGUGCCUCAAUUUUUUGGCACUUUUUCAAUAAUGUCCCAUGAGAGAACCGUGAAUAAAUGUAUAUGUACAUACAAAUUUUCUGGGUCUAUAUUUGACUCGAGUAUAAUUAGUUAAUUGAUGUAUCAUUUCAAACACUGCAAUUGUCCUAUAUGCACUGUCUAUAACCAUACUUCUUAAACUUUUUUAUGCCUCUCAAAAUAUGACGUCUGUGUUUGAUGGAAACAGACGAUCCUGAUAUCGUGUAGUUGGAAUAGAUAAACUAAAUGGUUUGUUUGAGCCAUUUACUGUUGUCUUAACGCCAUUAUAGAUUUAAGUGAUUUUGACCCAAAAGAAAGAAGAUUCCAAGCUGAUUGCCAUCAUUAAAUGCAACUCAUGAAGUAAUCUUAAAUUUUGGGCUGAAGUGAUAAUUCCUUUUCUUGCAAAUAUUGAUUUAGGUUUGACAAUAGGAACUUUUUAGCUAAUGGGUGUUCUUUCUAUGAGUAAAUUAUACUUUUGGUUCCUAAGAAUUGAGUUUAAUUUCUAUUUGGUCUACUCCUUGAGUUUAAAAAAUAGUUCAAAAUGGUUCUUAGACUAAGUUAACUGUUAGUUGACCAAAUGGAAGUUAAGCGAUGAUGGGUUAAAGUUUAGGUAUCAUUUUUAAAAUGAUUUGGCAAAAAAGAUAUUAAUUAUAUUGAUUAUACUAAUCUCUUCAUCUCGGUUCUCUCCCUCAUCUCUCUCUUUUCCCUUCAAUAAACAGCCUUCUACAACGUUUUCCAAAUCUAGAACAAAACUUCGUCAUGUAGCAGCUAUAUGUGACAAAAAAGAUCUUCAAAUUGAAGCAAUUACAUACUGAUGUAUAAAUUUAAGCUUUGGUAACCACCAAAAAAACUCAGUAAAAAAUAUCCAAAAUAUAACUUUCAGAAACCCAUAUAUGAAUUCAAUAUUAAUUCAAAUAUUUCAUCACUAAUCAAAAUCAAGCCACGUUACACAGAUUUCUUAAUUCAAAUGUGUAUCUCCAGUGAAAAACUCAAAACUAGAUUACAUCAAGCAAUACAGUUUGUUGAAGUCUUGGGUUGCUUCCAUUUCAGAUUUGACGUGGAGCAAAGUUUUUGUUUCAGAUACUCCAAAACUGAUAUUGAAACAAAGUAGAAAAUGAAAAUGGUUAGUAGAGAUGUCUGGAAGGAAGACAACAACAUUAUGUUCUUGUUCUCUUUCUCUCUUUCAUGUCAUGCAUUGCAUUAUGUUGGGGGCCCUUAUUAAAAGUCAUCUUUAAUCCAAAAUAUUCCUCCUAAACCUAAACCUAAACCUUGUCUUCUCUGCACAUUCUCACUUCCCCUGGCCCUCUUUUUACAACCCUAUUCAAAAGCCAUGAAAAAAAAAUAAAUCUUUGUUGUGAAAGGAAUUGCAAGAGUCCAAAAACAUGACACAUACCAUUACCUAAACUUUUUAGUUUUUAUUCCUUAAGCUUCUUUCCAAACACUACCAUCCAUUUUUAGUUUGGACUUGUUACAUACAUUUUCUUUCCAUCAAAAGUCAUUUUCCCUAAAAUAUUCACCAACCCAACCCUCUCUAGACCAGCCUUUUUUAAACUCUUGCUAUUUGGAUUUUCUUACAAGCCAGCUGAUUCUCUUCGGUAUCACAUCACUAAUCAAUCAGAAACGACUCUGUUCCCCUAUUCUAAUGAUAAGAGCAAAACAUUCUAAUCCUAAUAUCUUAUAAGUACACAUUGAUCUCCAUAACUAUGUAAACUUCACAUACUAUAAGCAGCUGCAGCUUAAACUCCCCUUGAGUGUAUUCUCCAAUGGGUAGACACAAUAGUGAACCUACCAUGGUUGGUACCUCCAUAGCGCUGUUACAAGAGAGAUUCAGACAAUUGCAGAAAAACAAGCAAAGGAGAGAGAGGAAGGAGCUUCUUAACCUGCUAUUCGAAUCUAAUAGGGUUGACGCCUCGAUAAUGCAUUUAGAACCAAAUGGCUCGUCGACCUCAAGAGAUUUGGAUUCCAAUUCCCUCUCCCUUGGUUUGAACUUGGAGAAUAAUGCAGGUAAGCAAGUUGAUAUUGAUAUCCAUGAAGCCAGGUCGAUGCCAGGUGACACCAAGUUUGAGCUUGGAAACUCAUUCAUGGUGAGUACAUUUAGAAGUUUCGAUAGUCCAAAUGUCGAUACCACUCUUCAUCUAUAGAUAAUUUAUUCAUCUAGUAUUUCUGUUAGUUUUAUUUGCUUGGUUCUCUCCCCACCUAAGAAUGAAAAAAUGUGUUGAAUUGAUAUUCCAAUGUGAUCGAUAUGCAUUCUAUUGAUGAUGUCCUGGACACUUUGUAAGAUGUCUUUUUGCUUGGUUAGUUUAGCUCCAGGAAUGUGCAUAAUGAGAAAGAGAGGGAAGGGAAGUGAUGGAAAAACAACUCUUAAAUGAGACCAUCUCUUUUACCAGUUCCAUUAUAUGUUUACAUCUCUCUUUCUCUUUGGGUAUCUUAGUUUCAGCAUUCUUCUUAGCAUGAAAGCAAUGUGUGAAGGUGUGCAUAAGUUGGGUUGAGCUCCAUUCUCUUUGUAUUUUUAUUUGAAAACACAAUUAUUUAUGCGUAUGAUUUCAAUUUUAAAGUGUUAA